AUGUUUUUUCGUGCCCCAGGCUCUGCAGCAACAGGGGCGGCGGCCGGGACGAAGCUGUCCACUGCGGCUCUUGGCGGCAGCGACCGCGGCGAGUUCAGAUUGUCUCCGAAGGCGGCCGAAGUGCGUUCCUCGCCGCGAUUGUCGGAGCUCUCGGACCAGGAGCUCGAAGCCCUCUUCCAUGAGUUCGGCAUCAAGUUCGAGAAGAGCUACGAAAACGACGACGAGAAGGCCAUGCGGUUCGAGGUCUUCAAGAGAAAUCUCAAGCGCAUUGACGAGAGAAACUCCAAGAGCCUGGGUGUCAAGUACGAUGUCACGAUGUGGACCGACCUCACGCACGAGGAGUUCAAGGGAUACCAAAACUACGGGAAGGUCUCAGACGAAGCGAAGGAGGUGGCAAGAUCGAAAGCCAAAUCGAAGGCAGACAUGUCGGACAUUUAUGAGUCCUGCCAGUCUUGCACCCGGUUCCCGGAGCUGGAGCAGUACAUCACCGGUGACCUCCCCACCGAGUUCGACUGGAGAGACUACGGGGCCGUCACCCCUGUCAAGAACCAGGCGUACUGCGGAUCCUGCUGGACCUUCAGCACGACAGGCUGUCUGGAGGGGGCGUGGUACCUCUCAGGACACCCUCUCGAGUCGCUGUCGGAGCAGCAACUCGUGGCUUGCGACACGUCCUACAACCAGGGCUGCAACGGCGGCUGGCCCAGCAUCUCGAUGGACUACAUCAGCGAGAACGGCGGCAUCGUGCCGGAGUCUAUCUACCCUUACCGGAAGGUGUUCAUGAACGGUCACCUGGGAGACCCGGUAUGCUCGGACGUUGUGAAGGAAGGUAACUACGCGGCCACCCUCUCGAUCGAGGUCGCUCUCGCCGAAGACUCUAUGACCGAGGAGGCCAUGGCCCGAUGGCUCAUCCUUAACGGCCCCCUCUCGGUGGCGCUCGACGCCAUGGGCAUGGACUACUACUCCGAGGGUAUCGACAUGGGAGAGUAUCGCAUGUGCGGGAUGGGAGAGGAGAGGUUGCCGAGGAUUGUAUGGGAGGCGAAGUGGGCAAACAAAAAGAGGGGUAGACAACCCACGGAAUGGGUCAAGGUUGUAGAGGACGUAUGGAAGGGGCUCGACAUCGACGAAGAUGAAACGCUGGAAACGGAGGGUCUACAGGGGUUCAAGGAGAAGAUAUCUGUUGCUUGUGCCGAGAGAGAAGAACAGAAUCUGAGGAAAGAAUCCAAGGAUAAGGAGGGUCUAGAAGUGUACGGAAUGUUGAAGGAAGGAAUAGGGUUCAAGGACUACCUACAUGGACCAAUGGAUGCAGGAACAAAGCUUAAGUACUGCGAACCCCUCGAGAUCGACCACGCCGUCUUGAUCGUGGGCUACGGGGAGGAAGACGGUGUCAAGUACUGGAUCAUCAAGAACUCUUGGAAGUACUUGUGGGGAGAGCAAGGCUACUACCGUCUGGUACGAGGCGUGAACGCCUGCGGGAUUGCGGACGAUGUCACCACCAUCAUCGUGGCGGACGCUACGGUGGAAUAA